AUGUCUCCCGUUGCGACCGCAACCACCCCUUUAAGUGCAGCUGAGGCUGAAAUUCUUGCCCAACGACCACCAACUACAACAACUCCAGCUGGUCUUUUACUAUUAACUCCAUCCUCCAUGAGUCAUCCACUUGACCGUGUGACCGUCACAUCUCAAAAAAGAAAACGAUCCAGAUCGGCCACAUUAUCUUCAGGUUCCGGGACCCUGUCCUCAGAUGACUCGAGCCACAGGAAACAGGAGCGCAGUACGAGUAAGCGCGUACGCCGGAAAUCCACAGAAAAUGGCGCGCAGGCGAGUUGCAUUGACAAAUCAGCAACAAUCCGUCAAUCAUUUGAAUCGAAUCUCUCUGAUGAUUGUCGCAAUGUUGAACAAACUGGUUAUGGUGAUGGUGAAGAAGACGACUCGGAGGAACAUCAGCAGGAGGAGGCGGAGGCGGAGGGGUAUUCACCACAAAGUGAUAGGCUUCGGGCACCUUCUGUAAGAGAUGGUGAGACGGAUAGGGACGUUGAGGAAGAAGGGAGCACCAAGUCUGGUAAAUUUGGAUUUCGAUUUGGUGGAACUCUUUCUCCACUUGACACUCCCCUUCAGCUGCAACCGCUUUGUCUGUCCUUUAACAAUGAGCAGUCGUCAUUACGUCCCGUGAUCAAUGUCUUACCUUCCAUGACAGCAAGCCAUCUUUCCAAUGUCAAUGCCCUCCACUCAUCUCCAAGUUCCACUCAUCUUAAUAGUGAUAAGGAAAUAUGA